AUGCAGCUCCGCGUCGGCAUCGCUGCAAUUCUUGCCGCCGUCGCCACCUUCGAGGCCGCGUCUGCGUCUACGCAAUUCCACUUGAGUCUCGUGGAGAAGGAGGGCGAUGGGGUGCACUACAUGCUGGACUGGGUCACCUCGUCCAGCGUGAACUCUUCCCGGCUCAUAUUCGGUGCAUCCGCUGACGAUCUGAGCUCCUCCGUGGACGGCAGAAGCGCAGGUUUAGUGACGGAGGCGGCGGGCGAGAGCGUGGCGUGCUGGUCGGCGUUGCUGGCCAACCUGGAGCCGGGCGCCACGAUCUUCUACGCGCUCGAGUCCGACGUCAAGGAGCAGACUAAGAACUUCACAGUCCCCGACGGGGAGAUCACGUGGGCGGUGUUUGGAGAUAUGGGGGCGCCUAUGCAGGACCACGCAGCUGCUGUGUCCCUGCCGGCGCUGAAGAGCGCGCUGCUGGACGACGGGGCCUACAGUGGGGUGCUGAACAUUGGCGACUUGUCCUACGAGCUCACGGGCUCGAACGCUCAGAACUACAUGGACGAGCUCGAGCCGAUCACGUCGCGGGUGCCCAUGAUGACGACCGUCGGCAAUCAUGAGUAUCAAUACGCGCUCUCGCCCGCUCUUGCAGUGCAGAACUACUACCGCCGCUUCCAGGGCCUCACGCUGGGUGCUGGAGCUGCUAGUGGGUCUUCUUCCAACGAGUUCUACAGCUUCUCGUCGGGGCUCAUCCACUUCGCCUUCAUCAACACGGAAGUGUACGGCGACGAGGCCUACGCUGCGCUGCAGAGUGACGGGACGUGGAAAGUGGACGAAGCAGCUCGUACAGCAGCGGGAACUGCGCAGGCGAAGUGGCUGGAGUACGAUCUAAGCCGAGUGAAGCGCUCCGAGACGCCGUACGUCGUCAUUUGCGGCCACCGACCGCCUUUCAAGACGCCGAAAGGACUGAGCGAGCCUGGUAAUCGGUUCGCGAAGGAGAUCAUCCCUCUCAUGAGCAAGUACCAGGUGGACUUGUACUUGGCUGGCCAUGAGCACACGUACUUGAUGUUCGAGGCGUCGACUUUCAACGGCUACAACGUCCCUCCGAUCGUCAUCAGCGGCAGUCCAGGCAACAACGAGUACAUUCGUGAGGAGGCUCAGCUCGGCAUCAAGGGCUUCAAGUGGAAGACGCUGAUCCCCAAGUACGGCUACGGCUAUCUCAAGGCGACGAAGGACGCGCUGGAGUGGCGAUGGGGCUCUGCUGCGUCGGAUGCCACGCACGAACCUUCCAGCGCCAUGUGGACAAUGGAGGACGAGGUGAGCUUCCCCAGACAAACAACGGAGAGUAGCUAUACAGCUGCAGGCUCUGCCGUGAACGAGCCGGUCGAUGCCGUUGCUGGAUGGGCUAACGCUACGUCUGGUACGUCAGAUCCUUGCGUUUUGAGAGCUUGUGCUGUAAUGCUGACCAAUGUCAUGUUUGCUUCACAGGAAGUGGAGCAGGAACAGGAAGCGCCAGCAGCAGCACUGGAAGUGUCGGAGCGGCGGCGUCGUCACAGGCAUCUAGCCCAUCAGCCACGACAUCAGCAUCUGUCAGUCUACGCUAUGCGUCUUACAGUGUCAUUAGCUUAG